UAACAGCCUGAGCCAGCAGGCACAAACACACACACGAGCGUAAUCCUCGUCCUGUAACUGCACUUGGUAAUUACAGACAAACGCGCACCUUCAAGAGGCCGUGACGACCGUCACUGGCGGUGACUGUACCUCUCAGAGCGCCUCCAGGCGGUCGCCCGGCGGAGCACUCUCAGACCACUGGCUCUUGCGACGGCCAAACUUUACUGACAACCUUGUACCAUCUUUCUGAUCAAGUGUUUGGGGGACGAACUGUUAUCAGUAAAUGUCCGCGUAUCUGGUGACGUCAUGCAGGACUAGACUAGGUCGAAAUGGCGACGACUUCGUGUUAAUGACUGAAAACACGAGUUUCUGGCUGAAUAUUUGUGUUUCUCCUCAGUGAUUGGCUGCGUGAGUACCCGGCGACACGCUGCUCCCUCCACCACCUGCGUCGUCUUGCUCGCCUUCCUCCGGGGCCUCAGCUCUCGUGGUGGGUGUUGAGCUUAACUAAUAAUACGGUAAUGCAGCAGUGACCAGCACCGACAUGAUGGGACGAGUGCUCUCGCGUCCUGCUGAGAGAUAUUAACAAGGUCGCUAUUAUACUACUAUUGCCUUAGCCACCUAUAGAAAGCAGGAUGAGGGCAACUCGUCUUCCCAGCUGGCUGCUGGACGUCUGCUUGGCUUUGCUGCUGCUGCUGGCUCCGACCCGGGCCAUGCUCAGUACCACCAUAACAAACAUCACAGCAGGUCUCCCAGACGAGGGGAUGAGUCCUCCCCAGAACACACAGUGGGUGGAUCAAGGGUAUCUACUCCAGCACCAUCAAGGUCCUGCUGGUAACGUGUCCCUUGCCGCCGAUCCCUUCCUCCACCCACGCCAAGAAAAGAUAUUACCCAUCUUCACGGUGGUGAGGUUCCUCAACGGGCCUUGCUCUGUGGGGUCGACCAGUGGCACCUGCUACACUGCCGCCGAGUGUAGGGCCGUGAGAGGCACCCAGCUGGGCUCCUGCGCUAGAGGCUUCGGGGUAUGCUGCUACAAGGAGGUCACGUGCGGGGGGUCGACGUCGACCAACUGCACGUACCUGGUGAGCCCUGACUACCCCGGCACGUACAACCAGGCCGCCACGUGUUCCAUGACAGUCGUCCGGAUGCCUGACACCUGUCAGCUCAGACUUGACUUCGUCGAAUUCUACAGCUUCCCGCCGGACCAGCUAGGACUGUGCACCGAGGACCAGUUUACGGUGCCGGGAGAGAAGAAGUUCACCUUCCUUUGUGGCGCUGCGCCAUCACAGUGGCACUUCUAUCUGGACGUGACCGGCCAGGCCGACCCCACCGUCUUCAACUUCGCCACCUCCUCCGCCAACUUCAACAGGAAGUUCAAGAUCAAGGUCUCCAUGAUCCCGUGUGCCCAGAGGGUGCCGUGUGGGUGCGGACAAUACUUCACCGGCAACACUGGUGUCAUCCAGAGCUUUAAUUACGGCGGCUUCUACCUAGCGGGGCUCGACUAUGGCAUCUGCUUCAGGAAGGAGAAGAACAAGUGCACGACAACUUUGAAUCUGGCGGGACCGUCGUUCAUCAGAUGUCCUACUGACCUGUACCGCCUGCCCGUAGGGGAACUGGGCAACUUUGGCAACAUCGGUCUUCUGGGAGUCGAAGCCCUGUACUGUCAACUUGAUACCAAUGUCGCAUCAUUAAUCUCCUACGCUACCAUACUGCCUUCGUUAACGACAGUGACCAACGGCCCGCUUGUCAUAUGGCACAAGACCAGCUUAACCGACGGCUUUCCCAACUACCACUCCACCAGCGGCUGCACCACCUGCGCCGGCUUCUACCAGACUUUCAGCCACAACGACUGCUGACUUGAGGACUCUGGCCACACCACCGGCUUGUAACGAUGAGAUCAUGCUAGGCUUUCCUUCUCUCUCUCUCUCUCUCUCUCUCUUUACUCCCUCUCUCCCUCCUUCCUUCUUUUCCCUCUCCUACUUCUUUAUUAUCCUCCUCUCUCUCUCUUCCUCCCUCGCUUUUCCCUUCUCUCUCUCCUUUUCCCCGAUUAUGAGUCGAAAACGAAGCCAACUGUACUAUGUAAUUUAAUUUAAUUCAUCAUUGAGCACCCUAAACCCAGUCUGUUAGUGGGAGUCAAAACUUUAAGAGGUACAUUAGGUCCUGGAAGUGGAACCCAAAGCCUUUUUUUAGGUAAGCAAGUUACAAUAAUAGUGAAGUAGUUUAAAUAAAUAUACUUAGACUAAUUGAGUAGGAUUAUGCGUAAUUUGUAAAUAUGGCUUAUAUAUAUUUAAUUUUCUAAUGCAAUAAAAUUAUCUAAAUUC